GUCAAAAGUUGCUCGGUCGCAAAAGAAAAAGGGUGCAAAAUUUGCCUUGCUUUCGAUUACUUAACACUCACACUAUCGGGUGCAAGUUUUUCCUCCGUCGUUCCGGUGAUUAAAUAUCGAAGAUGCUCCGUUUUGCGGCUGGCCGUGUGCUGGGCGGACUUCGCAGCGCCGCUGGGCUGAAGAGCAGCCAAUCGAUGGUGGGUGCGAUGGUGGUGCGCCACUCGCACAGCAACGAGACGGACGAGGAGUUCGACAAACGCUACGAGGCGUACUUCAACCGGCCGGAGAUCGAUGGCUGGGAGGCCCGCAAGGCGAUGAACGAUCUGCUCGGCAUGGAUCUGGUGCCGGAGCCGAAAAUCAUCGUGUCCGCGCUGAAGGCUUGCCGCCGCCUGAACGACUACGCGCUGGCCGUUCGCUUCCUGGAGGGCGUCAAGGACAAGUGCGGUGACAAGACGAACGAAAUCUACCCGUAUCUGCUGCAGGAAAUUCGCCCGACGCUGACCGAGCUCGGCAUCGACACGCCGGAAGAGCUGGGAUACGAUCAGCCCGAGCUGGCACUGAAAUCGGUGUACGAUAUGCACUAAAAGCGGAAUGCCCCGGUCGUCGUCAAUGUGUGAGAUGAGGAGCGGCGUGUGUGUGUGUGCGGUGCGUGUGGUAGCCUCUGACGCCCCCAAAACCCCCCAACCCCUUGGCGGGGGACCGGAAGGGUCUUAGUCGUGGUCGUUUUGUCAAUAAUAAAUAAAUACACAGAGCCCAGCUGUUACAUAAUUGGACAACAA